AUGGCCACCACCGCCCGUCAGCCAUUUGCUCCUCUCGAUGGGACUCGCCUGCAGAACCUGACGAGCCUCAAGAACAGACAAAAUGCCAUCUCUUCUCCCGCUGCCGGCAAGCGCAAGGCUGAGCUGAUUGACACCGACGACUCCGAGAACGUUGACCCUACCUUCGCCAAGCGGUCAAAGGGCUCCAACGUCGCCACCCCCGCCAAGGACAUCUUCAAGCCCUCUGCCUUCGUCCUCAAGGCUGCUCCCUCUCUCUCCGCUACACCCGAGAUCCGUUCCUAUGCCAGCCCGAUCAAGCCCGCAACCUCAUCCCGUCGCACCCUUCACCCCCGAUCCCCCGUCGCCAGGCUCAAUGCCGGCAUCUCCAAGUCCUCUCCCAUCUACGCCCCCGCUGGACGCUCACCAACACGUGGCAAGCGUGCUGGCAUCCUCUCCAACCGCCGCCGCACUGUCGGCCCCUACGCUCGCGUCGAUCCCCCUUCCUUUAGCCUCGGAUCCGAGGCCCCCUUCUCUCUUGAUGCCGCCCUCAAGGGAACCAUUCCCGGCUACGGUGCCUCUCGACCUGCUCCCAAGCAAUCCAACGCUCUUCCCGAGCCUGACAUGAAGGCUAGCUGGUUCUUCGAGAUCCACGAGGACACUCAUGAGCAGGAAAUGACCAACCUUCUCCAGCACAGCACCUGCACUCUUGACAUCUCUUCGGACGAGGAGAGUGAGCGCAAGGCCAGCAGAGAACGUGCUGAGGGUCGUGACAAGGAGAACAUUCCUCCCCCCGACGACGUUUCCCAGACCUCAUCUCGCCGGGCUGCUCGCCUCAGCGCCGACGAUAUGGUCGUCGAGAAGGAGCGCGUAGCCCUGGGCGAAAUGAAGACUUCCGACUUUUACGCCGAGGGUUGUGACGAGACAUCCGUUAUUCUGGUUCCCGCCGACGAGGAGGAGCAACCUCAGAAGCUCUCUGCUGUGGACUCUGCCUCAGAGACGGAGCAGGACAUCGACACUCUCAUCUCCAAACCCAGCGAAGGCUCAUCCAAAGCCGCUGUUCUAGAACCCAUGGAGGGCACUGGUGACAGCUUUGAGCUUUGGGAGAGUGGCAGCGCCAAGGACGAGACCGAGGUCGCUGUUUCCGCGAGUUCAUGA